GCUGGGAGUCGGGUGUUUUGGUUUUUUUUAAGUCAGCCUUGCAUCCGUUUUUUUUCCGUCCGUGCGCCUGUUGUAUUUUUCCUAAUGCUCCAGUGGCAGCCCUUCCAUGUAGAUCUACAGAAAAGUUACCUAAAAGGGCUCUUGUCAUGCAUUCAUUCAACAAAUAUCUUGAGGAGCUGCUAUAUAUAUUGCCAAAGAAAUGGAUGAAACUGUUGCCGAGUUUAUCAAGAGGACCAUCUUGAAAAUCCCAAUGACUGAAAUGAUGACAAUCCUCAAAGCCUGGGAUUUUUUGCCUGAAAAUCAACUGCAGACAGUAAACUUCCGGCAGAGAAAGGAAUCUCUCGUUCAGGACUUGGUUCUGCUCUGUGAGAGUAAGCGUGCAAGUCUCCGUGACGCAGCCCUUUUAGACAUCAUUUAUACUCAAUUUCAUCGGCACCAGAAAGUUUGGGAUGUUUUCCAAAUGAGUAAAGAACCAGGUGAAGACGUUGACCUUUUUGAUAUGGAACGAUUCAAAAGUUCAUUUGAGAAAAUUCUUCGGAGAGCAUUAAAAAAUGUGACGGUCAGCUUCAGAGACGCUGAGGAGAAUGCAGUAUGGAUUCGAAUCGCCUGGGGAACACAGUACAGAAAGCCCAACCAGUACAAACCGGUUUAUGUGGUGUAUUAUUCCCAGACUCCCUACGCCUUCACUUCCUUCUGCCACCUGAAGAGCAAUACACCCCUUCUGAGUCAGGCACUGACAGUUGCUAGCAAUCACCAUAAGAUUGUGAAAAUGGACCUCAGAAGCCGGUAUCUGGACUCUCUGAAGGCUAUUGUUUUCAAACAGUAUAAUCAGAAGUUUGAAACUCACAACUCCACUAUGCCUCUACAAGAAACCCUUGAGCUGGACAUGCACAUGGAUUCAAGGAUCAUUCAUGAAAACAGAAUCGAAAAAGAGAGAGUCCAGAGAGUGACUCAAGAAACUUUUGGAGACUAUCCUCAACCAAGACUAGAAUUUGCACAAUAUAAGCUUGAAACGAAAUUCAAAAGUGACUUCCAUGGAGGCAUCUUGGCUGAGAGAAAAGAGCCCCUCCGGUGCCUAAUAAAGUUCUCUAGCCCGCAUCUUCUGGAAGCAUUGAAAUCCUUAGCACCAGCUGGUAUUGCAGACGCACCACUUUCUCCGUUGCUCACUUGCAUACCCAAUAAGGGAAUGAACUAUUUUAAAAUUAGAGACAAAUAGGAUGUCUGUGGUUUUGUAAGCACACUUUUUCCUUGAAUAUAUUGCAUAUGCAUUUCAGUUAACAGCUAGCUGGGCAGCUUCUGUGUAUGAACUUGUGUUUUAGAAAUUCAUUCUUAAUAUUGACAGUCCAGAAAUGUUCAAUAUGCUUGUUGGGACUGAUUCUUUCCUCCUCCAGUGUGCACCCCGUUCCCCCAUAUCCUGCAAAGCAUAGCAACUGUGGGCCUUUAAAAAGUGACUAAGUGCCCUUUUUCUCACUCCUGUCUCUCCUCGAUCCUGGAGAGACUGAGUUCUAAUUGCUGUUUCCAAUGAUUUUGUCUGAAGCCUUGGAUCAUGGAAAGAAAUAGCAAGAAACUAUCCUCAACUCAAAACUUUCUAGGAAAAUCAUAAAAUUGGUCCCUUCAAAGGGUAGAGUUGGGUCUAUUAAGUUAUUGCAGGGAGUACAAUAUCAGAUGAUUCAGUAAUAUAAUAGUUCCUGUGUAAGUAUACUUUUCAUAGUCUGUUUUAUCCUACAUAUGGCAUUCAGACUCACCAUACCAUACUGAUUUGUGAAUAAAGAUUUAAAAACUGG